ACCCGGAUGGAACUGUCAUGGCCGCCGUCACUGACCUGCUAGACUAAAGAGAAACGAAAAGAUUGCUUAACUGUAAACUGGUCUGAAGAAGAAGCUGAAGUACGGUACUAACCUGAACAUCGUGAAAGAAAAAUUGAGCCAGUAGGAAUUAAAGUAUGGAGGUUGACCACACGGCUCAAGAUGAGCCUGAAGGCAGUGAGGAGGUGGAGAAGGAGGAUCCAGGAAACUGGCGCAAACGUCUACGCCUCAAGCAGGUGGCAGUCCAGCUGCCAGUGAUUCAGAACAUCGAUGAAGGGUAUGGCGCAGAGGAGUCGGAGGAGGGCCAGGAAAAAAACAAGGCCCAGACAGCCCGUAAGUCCUUCAAGAGGCCUCCGAUUAGGAGCCAAGACGCGGCACCAGGGCCUGUCAUUUCGGGGAAAAUCCUCAGGUUCAUCUGCUCCGAGUGCACAGGCCAGGCCACGUUCAGCCCCAACGACCUGCUGAAGCAUUUUCAGGGAGUUCACCAAGGAAGCUUACCAACCUUCCCAUGUGACAUGUGCAGCUUCGUCACCCACGACUUCUCCAGCCUCCAGCGGCACCGCAUUGGCCACCGAGACACCUUUGUCCGGUGCGAUAUCUGCAAUGAUGGCAUCCAGUACACUCUCCUGCAGCUCACCAGACACUUCAACAUGUUCCACAGCCUCAAUGGAUACUAUCGCUGUGAGAAGUGCAAGUUCUCCACCAAGGAUGUGGGGACGUUUGUGCAGCACACGCACCGGCACAAUGACGCCCUCUACAAGUGCAGCAAGUGUCAGCAUAUCAGUCACGGCAGCGGGGACCACCAGAAACACAUUAUGUCUCACUUGGGGACUAACCCCUUCAGCUGUCAGUUCUGUGACUAUGGGGCCCCGCGGAAGGACUACGUUGCAAAACACAUGGCUGCUGUCCACGGAGAGGAGAUGGAGCGCCUAAACAAGCGGAGGGCCUCAGAGGAUGGCCAGAAAACACUAGUGAACUCAACGCCAGGACUAAAACUUUUACUGACCAAGAAUCCAGCGAGACAGACUCAUUGGAUGUCUAAGGGGCUACAUGCUCUGUCUGGAGGGGGGCUGUUGGACGAGUACGGAAGGCUUGCUAAUCCAGAAAAGACUCUUGAGGAAACCCAGCAGUUUCUGGAGAGGACUGUUGCAGCUCAGAGAGACUGUAAAAAGUGGGCAAAGGCCCUUAAGUCCGAACAGCAGUACACUUCCCAAACUGUUCCUGCUAUGUCACAGCCAAAGCAGGAGCCAGCCGUCCCACCCAGUACCAGCUUUCUGAACCCAAACAGUAAUGGGCUCACUGUACUCAUGGUCAAAAACAAAAUCACCAUCCCUCCUAACUGCACUACAAAAGUGAUGGGCUUCAAGAUGGUGGAUGGCAAAAAACAUCUGGUCCUCAAAGUCAUACCGUCAACAAAGCAAGAACCCUCUGUCAAAAUGCAGGAGUCCUUGGUGGCAACGACAGUGGCAUCAGCUUCAUCAGGUGCUGAGAACGAAGCAGAUGGCAAUGCGCUGGAUUCUUGCAAGGGAGAAACCUACAGUCUGGCCAGCUCUAAAGGAGGAACAGCCCCACCCAGUGGCCAUCUGGAUUCCUCCAACUCUAAGGUCUCCCCCAAUCCCAAGGUAUCCCCAAAUAGUGUGACACCGCUCUGCAGCCCCUGCUCCUUGCCUUCCGAGAGGGAAAACAAUGACAUUGCCUCAACUUCAGUGCAGUUGCAAGCACAGGAGAAUGGGGAGCAAGAGCAUGACUUACUGUCAACAACUGGAGGAGAGGUGGAGGAGGAACAGCUGCCAGGUGAGACAGAUAAAGAUGAAGACACAGCUGCUCCUCCAUCUUCAUCACCUGCUGCAAAUGGUGUGUCUCCGGUCAGUGCGGUGACGGAGCAGAGCUCACUGAUUGGGUGUAAGGACGAUCGCUCACCCAGCGGUGAAACUUCAUCCCUCAUUCCUGUUGUCACUCAUCCCAGCUUAGAAAACAGUACACCCAAACACACUGAUCCAGAUGAAUCUGACUGUUUGGAUAAUGACACCAUUGAGAGCAUGUCAAAUAAAUCCCCACUAAGUUCUCCGAGUCAAGAGGUCUUCAAUUUUCAUAACUACUCAAAGGACACCUCCAGUCUUUCCUCUGAUGUCUCUCUGAUUGGCGAUGAACAGCAGUCAGCGCAACUUGCGACUGUCGAGCCUGAGAAUGAUGGUUGUCAUAUUUUGGGACCUUCACAUGACAGGAACUUGACACCAGAAAGCUCGCCCUUGCAGAAGUUGCAAGACCAUCUGAAGGACCAAGACAAAACUGUAGAAGCAUGCGCUGACUUGCCUGGACAGCGACCACUGGACUCGGAUCGUCCUUCAAUUGAAAAAGUGCCGGACAAUGAAAUUGAAGUUGACGAAUGUGUAGCAACUGUUGAAGAUGAGGGGGACACCAAAGAGUCUGCGGUUAAAUGUCAAACUCUGGAUUCAUCUGAAGGGCUAAAAACCACACUGGAGGCUCAAUUUCAUUCCCAAGAACAAUGUUCUGAGCCUAUCAUCGAUGAAGUCUGUGCUAAGACAGGGAAAGGAGAGGAACACAAGGAUGCUCCCUCUGAACCACAAGACCAUACUGCAAAAAAUGUGGAGGGACCCAGCUUAACUGGUGGAGAGAAGGCUUCAGGAAGUUCAAAUAAUGCAGCCAUCUUGGGGAAGAUUCUGGAAGAGCAUUCUGAUGCUAUUAUCAGCCAGCAGCUGGAGAAGGAGAGGAUCGGAACCACAGCAGCCCAUGAAGCAAUCCGAACCCCCACAACCACGCUCAGGAUCCUCCAGCCCCUUAAUCUGUCCGAUGGUAAGCAACAGGUUUUUCUACAGGCUGCAGAGAAUGGGUACGCAGUACCUGUACAGCUCAGGGGCAGUCCUGGAUUUAAGCUAAUCACCGGGUCUGUUCCCCCAAUAAAUGUUUCCUAUCUGAAACCUGGAGGUGAAAGGCCAUCCAAUAGAACGGCAGCACUGACUUUCACACUGAGUAAUGGCAGGAUAGGCACAGCUGCACAGGUGUUGGGUGACAAGGAAGCUGGUGGUGGGUUGGAAAACGGUGGUGGGCAGGACAGCACGACACUUAGCCCCACUGCCCAGCAGGGGGCAGGCACCAGCACAAGUAGUUUCCUUGUCAAUGGCUCGCCUCUGAAGGGACCACUGUUUUUGUCCAGUCCAAUUCAGUCCCUCUCCAAAGAACGGACUGCAAAUCCUCCCACGUGUUACUUGGUUCAGAGACCAGUGGCUGUAGCCUCAGCUGCUACAAAACCCAGCACAGGACCAGUUUCUGCGGCUGGCAAUGUGCAGACUCCGCAGUCUAAACCCGUUUUGGCUUUACCGGUGAAUUCCUCGGAACAGCCAACAGUUUUACAAGCUGGCCGUCAAGCCUUCCUGCUUAGAUACGUAUCACCGGUUAAGUCUGGGAUAUUGCUGAACAGUCCAGAGGGAAAAACGGUGAAUCAGAACAGCCUGACCAACGACAGUGGGGGCAGUCGUGUCUUUCUUAAGAUCGUGCGAAACUCUUCCGAUGCCGGCCUUCCCUCAUGCAGUGGUGUAGCAGGUGGUGGGUUUACGGCACAGACCCAUGCCAACCAGCCGAUCUAUCUGGCCACCACUGGCAGUUUGCAGUCUCCCUAUCUGCUAAUGUCAUCCAACCAAUCCAUUCUGAAUGUCUCCACAGGGACAAAAACUUCAGAGUCAUCACAAGAUCCUGUCCAAACUCUGGCCAUGGCCUCCCCCUUUCUAAGUUUCUCAUCCAUAGCUCCCGCACUAGGAAAAGCCAGUGAGAAACAGGGAAGGGAGGGGUUAGCUUGCAAACUCAAGAAAGCUCGGCUUCCUUCCCCGAGACGAAACCAGCAGGGGGCCAAACGAAAGAGGCCGAGGAAGCCAUCCAUGGAGGACAGCCUAGAGCCCCCGGCCAAAGCCAGGAGGCUCUCAAGUAAGAAAUCAAAGGAGACCCCAGCUGUUGUGUAUUGGGAGCCAGCACCCAGGGAGGUGGAGAGGAUGCUGAGGUUGCUGCCGCUUAGCCCGGUACAGCCUGUCAAGUGCCCAAGGCGGAACCAGCCCGUGGUGGUGCUCAAUCACCCUGACGCAGACAUCCCCGAGGUCGCCAGCCUGAUGAGAACGGUCAACAAGUUCAGGGGCGAGGUGACUAAGGUGGCAUUGUCUCAAAGGACUGUUGAUGCCCUUUCUGAGCUGGACUGCGGCGCCUUCAGACGAGACCCGUCAGCUAACUGUCACGCGACACACGGCCGUCGCAUCCGCCCAGAGGGCACGGUCAGGGAGCGCUUCAUCCUGAAACUGCGGCUGAAAAAGACCAGCAGGAACAAGUACAAGGUGGUGAAUGCUUCCUCCGACAGUACCGAGUGGUUGUCUAAGUUCAGCUGCUGGUUCUGCGGUCGAAUCUUUGACAACCAGGAGGAGUGGAUAGGUCACGGCCAGCGUCAUCUAAUGGAGGCUACUAGAGACUGGAACAAACUGUUCUCCUAAGAGCCCUAAGAACAUUACUCCAUUCUGUUUCAGUCAGGUUUCCACCUCAUUGGGUUCUUUGACUUUCAUGUCUUUUAUGUCCACGUGCUCAGCUGUUUCAGGUCACGCAUAAUGAAAGAGCUAUGGGAAAACCAUCCGAUUUUUCCUCUCAGUUAACUUAAAAUACUGAAAUUAUUAGAAGUGUGUCUUCUCUCUCGGUGACUGAAGAGGAAAGGGUAGUAGUUUUAAGUUGUUCCUUAGGUGAGACUCCAUAGUCUUCAUUGUGGCCGGUGCAACUUAAAACCAAAUGUAAAGACCGUGGAAAAAAAGUUUUUUUAUGUAUAUAUUGAACUUAAAUGUGAAAACCAUAAACAUUGCACACACUGAAUUUGUAUAUAAAGCGAUUAGAUAAGAGAGCUUUUAGAGUACACAGUUGACGGACAGCAAUAUGUGUACAAUUAAAGUACUUGCUACUUUGGGCUGAUGUCAGGUACAUCAAAGUCAUUAUAAAUGGGUAGUAUUGCCACAGCUGUGUGUUGUAAUGACUGUUGUUUUAAGACAUCUUUCAUUACAUGAAGAAGGAAACAUAAUUUUGCAUUUGCCCAAAAUAUAGUAGCACUUGUAAGUGCUACUAUAUUUUGGGCGAAUACAAAAUCAUGUUUCCUUCCUCUUGUAAUGAAAGAUGUCUUAAAUCAACGGUCAUUGAUUUGUGCAACACCCAAGACAUAUACGUACCGAUCAACUCAGGGGAUAGCUUUUUUUAAAGAUACAAUAUGUAAAAUAAAAACUCCAAUCAUGUCAGUAAUCCUCACCUCCACCUUCGCAUUAAUUAUUUACAUAAUUUUUAAUUGUAUUUCUGACAAGACUGAGCAUUGAUUUAUUUCAUCAGUGUCCAUUGUUUUUUCAUUCCUUUCCUCCAUCUUUUCCCAAAAAGUUGUUUGUGUUGUCCUUAGAACAUUGUUCAAUUUUUUAAUUUAUCAAAAUUCCAGCAGUACAUGGUAGUUGCAUAUUUUACUCCUGGGUCCUAAUAUAUUUCUGGCACAUUGUCAGGAGUCUUCAACAUAAACAGUUAAUCAAUUGUUUACGGGUAUAUACAUAUGAAAACGUUCUUUUUAUAUUUGAGUGGCAAAUAUCCUGUGUGCGUUACAAAAUUUCCUGUGGAAAGCAUUUUCAAAAGCUGUUACCUUCUGUACAUUUUCAUUUUGUAAAUACAGUGUUUUAUAUUUUCGACCCAUGAAUCCUUUGUUGAAGAAGUCAGUGUAUUUAUAUUUUAACUGCUGCCACGCACCUCUGCAAGAACCCUAAUCUAACAACUCCGUAAUAUAGUUUUUUUUUUUUUUUUUUUAAGUUUUUUAUUAUUAUUUUCUUUUACAGCUUAUGUCUAAUUUGGGCUUGAAUCUGAUGAUGAAAAAGAGCUGAAACGCAUAUAACUAAAAACAAAUGAAAAUACCAGGAUAAAUUAGUGCUGGGCAGAAGGCUUCAUACACGGUUUGUACAUCCACGUUGGGUCUCUUUCCAAGUUCUCAUUGCCAAGCGCUUUCCUGGCAGACUGUAACAAUGGUGCAUGGGAGCAACUGGAUAUGUUGCCUCAUGGAGCAGUUGAUUAGAGCGAUUUCAUUUUCUAGGAUGACCUUAUCGCAUCUAUACCUUUACACAGCGCAUGGCCAUUGAUUUGACGCGACUCGUCUUUCUUUUAUUAUGUUCUCAGUCAAAAAAGAUGGCUCCGUUGGAGUCCAUUUGCGACUGCAUGGGGAUUGUGCCCACGUAAUUGUGGUCCACUCCAUAAGUUAUAUUUUGCGUCUGUCUGGACAAAUAUUUAAAAUUAUAGUUUGCUGAAUGAUCUCAGCAACGUAAUGCUUCACAGUACCGCAGAAAAAUGUUAAAAAACUGAAAAAAAACAAGAUCUUGCUAUUUGAAUACCAGUAGUGCUUUUGUAUACAAAAUAUUUGUUUCUAUAUGAUUAUUAGGUUUCUCUUCAGGCAGGUGGAAAUUUGUAAUGGGCAAGUAUUCGAGGUGUUGCAGGUAUGAUGUUGAGCAGGCAUGUAUCAAACCUAACUGCUGUUCCAAAACUACUGUAUAUGCAAUAGUGACCAGGAAAGAGUCAUCAAAAUGAAGGAUGAAUACACUUUUUUUUUUUUUUUUUAAAGCUGUUUUAGUUUUUACUUUGACGUUACAGAUUGUGACUGUUGUCAUUUUGAUAGUAAGUACUGUAAGUACUUGGUGUGUAACAAGGUGUUUAUUUUUAUGAGUAAGUUCAUCAAUAAAAGUGCGUAUGUAUAAAUCCCUCCUACUGUAACUUGAAAAGAAAAACCUAUAAUUUUUGUUUGCACUUUUUUGACAGGAUAUUUGCCUGUGACCUCACAAGGAGUAGCAGAGUAGCGUCUCAGUUUCCGUAUGCAUGUCUGUAAAUAUCUCUGCUGUCCCCAGUAGAAGUCCUGCUCACAGUCCGAUCGAGACGUUUUUCCUGUUAAAGUGUGGCACUCCAGGGCCAUGUAGGGCUUUCUGGGACCUGUGGCUUAACGUACCCAAAGGACACAAGGUGCUGACCCAUUGCACGUGUUUGUGUGACAUCGUCUCGUCCGCACUGUACCGCUUUGGUUCGCUUCAGUGCGUCUGCCCAUGUCUGGACACUCAGCUUGCCCUACACUUUCAUAGCACCACACCAAACAACCAAAUACCCAUUGCUUUUUUUUUUUUUACUGAUUGUUCAUCCUUAAAUUAAAACAAUCUCUCUCUCUCACACACACACACACACACACAAACAAACAUGAACACACACGUACGCACAUACACACAAAUUGUUUGUGACUUUUUCCAGUAGGUCAGGGAGAUGAGCUCAGUAGUGCUCCAAGAUAACAAAUCUAUUUUUUUACGCCAAGUGCCUGAAAGAGCUCUGUUACAGAUCAACACUAUAUUGUACUGUUUCUCUCCCGUGUGGCAUUUAUGAUGUGUUUGAGCAGAUUUGUAAUAAAUGUAUAUACUUUGAGAAA